GGACUGACUCGGGGCUGCGUGGGGCUCACCGAACCCGGGAACGCGGGUGUCGUGGGUGGGAACGCGUAGUUCUGGGACAGCCGAGUCUGGGCGCGGGAGAUGGCGGCGCGAUGGAGCAGCGAGAACGUGGUGGUGGAGUUCCGCGACUCCCAGGCAACUGCAAUGUCUGUGGACUGUCUGGGGCAGCAUGCAGUGCUUUCCGGCCGCCGAUUCCUAUACAUCGUCAGUCUAGAUGCCCCCUUCGAAGGUCACCGAAAGAUCUCACGCCAGAGCAAGUGGGACAUUGGAGCCGUGCAGUGGAAUCCUCAUGAUAGCUUUGCGCACUAUUUUGCAGCCUCGAGCAACCAACGUGUCGACCUUUAUAAGUGGAAAGACGGCAGUGGGGAAGUGGCCACAACCUUACAAGGCCACACUCGUGUCAUCAGUGACUUGGACUGGGCAGUGUUUGAGCCAGAUCUCCUGGUCACCAGCUCUGUGGACACCUACAUCUACAUUUGGGAUAUCAGAGAUACACGGAAGCCGACCGUUGCGCUAUCUGCUGUAGCGGGGGCCUCACAGGUCAAAUGGAAUAAAAAAAACGCUAAUUGCCUUGCCACCAGUCAUGACGGGGAUGUACGGAUAUGGGACAAGCGGAAACCCAGCACAGCAGUGGAAUAUCUCGCAGCCCACCUCUCCAAAAUCCACGGCUUGGACUGGCACCCAGACAGCGAGCACAUUCUUGCUACCUCCAGUCAAGACAACUCUGUCAAGUUCUGGGAUUACCGCCAGCCUCGGAAAUACCUCAAUAUUCUCCCUUGCCAGGUGCCUGUCUGGAAGGCCCGAUACACUCCUUUCAGCAACGGAUUGGUGACCGUGAUGGUUCCCCAGCUGCGGAGGGAGAACAGCCUGCUCUUGUGGAAUGUCUUUGACUUGAACACACCGGUCCAUACCUUCGUAGGCCAUGAUGAUGUGGUGCUGGAAUUCCAGUGGAGGAAACAGAAGGAAGGGUCCAAGGACUACCAACUGGUUACGUGGUCACGGGAUCAGACCUUGAGAAUGUGGCGGGUGGAUUCCCAGAUGCAGAGGCUUUGUGCAAAUGACAUCUUAGAUGGUGUUGAUGAGUUCAUUGAGAGCAUUGCUCUUCUGCCGGAACCAGAGAAGACCCUUCACACUCAGGAUACAGAUCACCAGCACAACUCCAGCCACGGGGAGGAAGAAGUCUUAAAGGAAGACCCCCCAAGCAGUCUCCUGGAAGAGAAGAAAUCAGAGCAGCUGGGCCUGCCUCAGACUCUGCAGCAGGAGUUCUCCCUGAUCAACGUGCAGAUCCGCAAUGUGAACGUGGAGAUGGACGCAGCAGACAGGAGCUGCACAGUGUCUGUGCACUGCAGCAACCACCGCGUCAAGAUGCUGGUGAAGUUCCCUGCGCAGUACCCGAACCACGCAGCCCCUUCCUUCCAGUUCAUUAACCCCACCACCAUCACAUCCACUAUGAAAGCGAAGCUGCUCAAGAUCCUGAAAGACACUUCCCUGCAAAAAGUGAAACGCAACCAGAGCUGUUUGGAGCCCUGCCUGCGCCAGCUCGUCUCCUGCCUUGAGUCUUUUGUGAACCAAGAAGACAGCGCUUCCAGCAAUCCCUUCGCGCUCCCGAACUCUGUCACGCCACCCCUACCGACAUUUGCCCGGGUGACCACCGCCUAUGGGUCCUACCAGGAUGCCAAUAUUCCCUUUCCCAGGACCUCGGGGGCCAGAUUCUGCGGGGCAGGGUACCUGGUGUAUUUCACAAGGCCCAUGACGAUGCACCGAGCAGUGUCUCCGACUGAGCCUACUCCGAGAUCUCUGUCAGCUUUGUCUGCCUAUCAUACUGGCUUGAUUGCGCCCAUGAAGAUCCGCACAGAGGCCCCUGGGAACCUCCGUUUGUACAGCGGGAGCCCCACGCGCAGUGAGAAGGAGCAGGUCUCCAUCAGCUCCUUCUACUACAAGGAGCGGAAAUCAAGGAGAUGGAAAAGUAAGCGUGAGGGAUCGGACUCUGGGAAUCGACCAAUCAAGGCUGCUGGGAAAGUGAUCAUUCAGGACAUUGCCUGCCUUCUUCCUGUUCACAAGUCAUUGGGAGAACUAUACAUAUUGAAUGUGAAUGAUAUUCAAGAAACAUGUCAGAGGAAUGCCACUUCUGCCUUGCUUGUUGGAAGGAAGGAUCUCGUCCAGGUUUGGUCGCUGGCUACAGUAGCUACGGAUCUUUGCCUUGGUCCGAAGUCUGACCCAGAUUUGGAAACACCCUGGGCUCGACAUCCAUUUGGGCGACAGCUACUGGAGUCCCUGCUGGCUCAUUACUGCCGGCUCCGGGACGUGCAGACGUUGGCUAUGCUCUGCAGUGUAUUUGAAGCCCAGUCUCGGCCUCAGGGGAUACCAAACCCCUUUGGGCCUUUUCCCAGCCGCUCAUCUAACCUUGUGGUGUCCCACAGUCGAUACCCCAGCUUUACAUCCUCUGGUUCCUGCUCGAGUAUGUCCGACCCAGGAUUCAACACUGGUGGCUGGAACAUAGUGGGAAGAGAGACAGAGCACAUAUCUUCACCCUGGGGAGAGUCCUCACCAGAAGAAAUCCGAUUUGGGAGUCUGACCUACAGUGAUCCUCGUGAGCGAGAGCGUGACCAGCACGAUAAAAAUAAAAGGCUUCUGGACCCCGCCAAUACCCAGCAAUUUGAUGACUUUAAGAAAUGCUACGGAGAAAUCCUCUACCGCUGGGGUCUGAGGGAGAAACGAGCUGAAGUGUUGAAGUUUGUUUCCUGCCCUCCUGAUCCUCACAAAGGAAUCGAGUUCGGUGUGUACUGCAGCCACUGCCGGAGCGAGGUCAGGGGCACGCAGUGCGCUAUCUGCAAAGGCUUCACGUUCCAGUGUGCCAUCUGCCACGUGGCCGUGCGAGGGUCGUCCAACUUCUGCCUGACCUGCGGGCAUGGGGGACACACCAGCCACAUGAUGGAGUGGUUUCGGACCCAGGAGGUGUGUCCCACCGGGUGUGGGUGCCACUGCCUGCUUGAAAGCACUUUCUGAGCUGACAGCCCGUGGGAGUUGUGGGAAAUCCCAGAGAACCCGUCAAUGCCGGUUGACAAGCUCUCUGCCAGGAGAGAGGCUCCAGAACCCACCCCUAACUAGACAGGGAUGUGUUCUCCUCAAAGACUGACACGGUGCCAGCUGUUCAUGAGCCUUUGCUUCUCUUUUGUUGGCUGUUGGUGGCAUGGAUGUCGGUGGAGGAGGACACAGGCAGGUGGAAGUUUUCUUGGAGAAAAGCACCUGCCUCCAGAGCCGUGUUUACCUUUAAGACGACAGCAUCCUUUCUGAUGCCAUCAGAGAGAUCAAGGUUGGUUGCAAAGGACAGUCUCCUGAGCCAAAGGACAGUGGACAAAUGGGCCUGUGACAUAAGUUUAUGCAUUUAUGAACUGAUGCACUGUGGCUUUUUAAAAUAUACUUAAAUUAUAAAUAUGUAAUGUACUUAAGGAUCCUUAAGAUGUAUUUUUUUGUUUAUUUCUCUUCCAGCUAUUCUCCCUUGGCUAAUAAAAUUCUAGUAAUCGUUUG